AUGGGCUCCGAUGCCUACCUCGAUCAGACCGCCACACUGUUGGCAGAGGCGGCGGAUUGCCUCCGCACCCGUCGAUCAAAACCUGGCGCGAGCAAACGAGUGAUCGGGCCGUCUGGUGGUACUGGUGGCCCUGCACCACUCGGGGAUUGUCCUCCUACCCGCGAUCGCGAGGUCUUGGAUGGUCAGACCAGCGAGGACGAAGUCCCCUACGACGGUGGUGGCCAUGCCGAUGACGGCCACGUCAAGCGCUUCCUCAGAUCCAAGAUGUCGGCGCCGACCAGGAAGAAAAAAAAAGAAGAGGAACCUCAAGAGCCUCUGAGCACGACGAAACUUCCGACCCCGACGAGGAGACUCGAGUGGCUCUCGCACGAUCCCCAUCGGACCAAUGGCGGCGUCGAUCGAACAGCUCCGCAGGGGUUGACAGGUUAG